AUGGCGAAGGAACCAGUUCGUGUUCUCGUUACUGGUGCUGCAGGGCAAAUCGGAUACGCUCUUGUCCCUAUGAUUGCGAGAGGAAUCAUGCUUGGUGCUGACCAGCCUGUGAUCCUCCACAUGUUGGACAUUCCUCCAGCUGCUGAAGCAUUGAACGGUGUGAAGAUGGAGUUGGUCGAUGCUGCUUUCCCUCUUCUCAAAGGCGUUGUUGCUACAACUGAUGCCGUUGAGGGAUGUACUGGAGUCAACGUUGCUGUUAUGGUUGGUGGUUUCCCGAGGAAAGAAGGGAUGGAGAGGAAAGAUGUGAUGACCAAGAAUGUCUCAAUUUACAAGUCUCAGGCUGCUGCAUUGGAGAAGCAUGCCGCUCCAAACUGCAAGGUUCUUGUUGUUGCAAACCCUGCAAACACCAACGCAUUGAUCCUCAAGGAAUUUGCACCAUCCAUCCCUGAGAAGAACAUCACUUGUUUGACAAGGCUUGACCACAACAGGGCCUUGGGUCAGAUCUCUGAGAGGUUGAGCGUUCCCGUGUCUGAUGUUAAGAACGUGAUCAUCUGGGGAAACCACUCAUCCACACAAUACCCUGAUGUCAACCAUGCUAAAGUGCAGACUUCGUCUGGAGAAAAGCCUGUGCGUGAGCUCGUCAAGAACGACGAAUAUUUGAAUGGAGAGUUCAUCACUACAGUUCAACAACGUGGAGCUGCAAUCAUCAAGGCGAGGAAGUUGUCUAGUGCACUUUCUGCUGCUAGCUCUGCUUGUGACCACAUCCGUGACUGGGUCCUUGGAACUCCAGAGGGUACAUUUGUUUCCAUGGGAGUAUACUCUGAUGGAUCUUACAACGUUCCAGCAGGACUCAUCUACUCUUUCCCUGUAACUUGUCGCAAUGGAGAGUGGAGUAUUGUCCAAGGGCUUCCGAUCGAUGAAGUAUCGAGGAAGAAGAUGGAUUUGACCGCAGAGGAGCUAAAGGAAGAGAAAGACUUGGCCUACUCCUGCCUCACUUAA